UGGACAAAAGAUGACGACGACGUUUUCUUUGAUUUUGUGUGCAGCCUUGGGUGUGGUAGGAACCCGCAGUUCCAUAUUGGUACCUGAGUACCAGGCAGGGUCAUUAUACCAUGGGUAUGGAAAAGAAUAUGCUUCAAAUUAUCACAAUUAUGAACCUAGAUCGUACGCAUUUGAAUAUGGUGUCUCAGACCCUCACACGGGAGACCACAAAACCCAAUGGGAAACCAAAGACAAGGACGGUACCGUACGAGGAAGCUACAGCCUCCUAGACUCAGACGGUACAACCAGAAUCGUCGAUUACAUUGCUGACGACCAGGGUUUCAGAGCUGUCGUUAAAAAAGUUGGCGCUCACGGCACCUCUGUUGAAACUCAUGGUCUUGAUCAUCCAGAACACAAUGUACAACCUGUGGCUCUGGCAUCAACGGUUGAACCCCAUUCAACCAUCAUCGAGCAACCCAUCGACUACAAAAGCUAUGAUGGAGGCUACCAAGCUUAUUCUGACUUAAAACCUGUUGUAGCUGAUGUAUUUACUAAGCCAGAAGAAUAUGUUCAAGCUCCUAAAGUAGAAGGAUUGUUGGUUAAGGUUCCAGAACACCAAGAACACAUAGAGCAUCAUCAGCACAUUCCUGAAUCUCAUAGUCUUCCGGAAAUCUAUCAUCGCCAGGCUGAGCAAUACAAAGUAGCUCUUCCAGAAGAAUAUUACUCUGCUCCUCAACACCACUACGUACCAGAAGAGUACCAUCAUGAAUCUUCAGCUCCUUUAGUAUCUGUUCAAAGUCAUGAUGACCAUCAUCAUCUUGCUUCAGGCGUGAAAUCAGUUCCACAAUAUGUUCUUCCAGCAUUAGAACAGUACCACCAAGGUCCAGUGGAAGUCAGUCAUUCUUAUGAAGUUCCUAAAGGAUAUAUCCCUCAUCCUGAAGUUGUUCAUCAUCAUGAAAAUCACCAUGAUGGUCCAAAAAGUGAUGCUGUCUUGCUGGAGUCUUCCAAACUCAACUUCCAAGGUCCUGUGGAAGUCAGUGAUUCUUAUGAAGUUCCUCAAGGGUAUAUCCAUCAUCCAGAAGUUGCUCAUCAUCACGAGACUUACCAUGAUGGUCCAAACAGUGAUGCAGUGUUGUUGGAGUCUUCCAAAUACAGCCAUGAAGAAAAUCCUGGCCAAAAUUUGAAUCAUUACGUACCAGAACAAUCUCUUUCAGUACUGCCUAUCGAUCACCACGCCCAAUACCAACUAAAUUUAAAUUACCAUUGAGUAAUUUUACCAUGAAAAAAAUGGACUGAAAAAAUUCUUUGUGUAUAUAUAAAAGUAUGACUA